AUGUCUUCUCCUAGUAAAGAAGAAAGUGAUCCAGCUGAUAAUGCUCUUAAAAAUUCAGAAAAUGAGGCUCCAAAUGACUGUAGUUCAGAUAUAGAGCCUUCAUUUGUAGAAUCUAAUAUGGUCUCUCAGGUCGAUAGCAACCCAAUGAACAGGGAGCUAGACAUACCAACCUCUCAGGACCAUGCUGUUCAACCAGCAGAAGAAAACGACCUUGAAGUAGAGAAGAACCAAGAAAAUCCUCAAGAAGAUUUAAAAGAAGAAGAACCCCUUCUAAUUCAGAUUCCUAUUCCUAGAAAAUGGAUCUCUCUCAUGUCAGGAUUAGGCAGAUUUACUCAUCUGAAUACAUCACUAGUGAAAAUUAAUAAAACAAAUUCCUUAAUUAAUAGAGCCAGAUUCCACUCUGAAAAAAAUCAGAGGAAAACAAGUAAUAUCUGUUAUGUCAAUAUAAAUUACAAAAUUCCUUUCCAGUUAUCAAUUUCAUGGAGAAUGUCAUUUAUAAACCGUUAUGAGAGAAGAAGAAUGGUUCUUCGUCAGUUGUGUGAGAGACAUCUCCCUCAAAAUACCAUGUGGGGAAAGCAAAAAUUUGUAGCAUUUGUCGUUCGCCCAAAUGUUCUAAACAAUAGGGUAAGAAUGACAGUAUUUGGAAGGCCUAUGAGGGUGUACUACUACUACCCCCUCAGUGAGAGAAUAGCAUUAAAAAUAGUGUCCAAGUCAACUGAUACUAAAAGGAGGCUGGAAUUUCACAUUUUUGUGAGACCUACGUUUGAUGUUCCACGGACCCAAUUUGAAAACAGAUUUACUAAAAGAGCUUUUGAAGAUCAUCUGAGAUCACAGCAUUACAUCAGGGUAAUGAUCAUAACAACUGAUAAUGGUUGGAAAUACUUAUGUCCCAUUUGUAGGAGUGUUUUCAACAGUUUGGCUGAAUUUAGACAGCAUUCUUGCAACCAUCUUGCAAAUUAA